AUGUCUCAGGGCGGUCUCGGCUGGAAGCCUUCCGUAGGCGAAGGCAGCACCAUCACCAUCCCCGCAGACCAGAUGGCUUCCUUCCAGUGGAUCAGAGUAGCACGAAACUACCAGCUCGCCAUCUCCCUCAGCAAGGACAGAGACGCUCCUUCCUCAGCACAGCCAAACCCUCGUCGCACCAACUUUGAUGGUUUUGUCCGCGACGACUUUGACCGCCUCUCCUCUCACCUCCGUCAGUACUUCAACAAGCCUCUCGAAACAAAAGAAGUAUCCACAAGAGGCUGGAAUUGGGGCCAGGCAAAGAUCAGCAACCACGAUGUCCAAUUCUUGGUUCGAGACAAGCUAGCCUUCGAAUUGCCACUCUCACACCUCGCCAAUAGCAACAUUGCAAAGACAGAAGUAUCCAUGGAAUUCUUGAACCCAGAACAGCAGCAGCCCGGCGCAAACACCGGCUCCUCCGACGCAAACGGUUCAAAAUCCAGGCGCAACAAGGGCGAUCAGCUCGUCGAGAUGCGCCUCUACGUACCUGGUCAAGCCACAAAGGACGAUGCCAGCGACGCUGGCAGCGCUGCUGCAGAUGGCGAAGACAACAACGAAGAGACAGCAGCAGAGGCCUUCCACGAGGCGCUCAAAUCCAAGGCCGACAUCGGCCAGGUUGCUGGAGAUUCCAUCGUCGUCUUCAAGGAGGUGCUCGUGCUCACCCCACGUGGCCGUUACGACAUCGACGUGUUCAACUCUUUCAUCCGUCUGCGCGGCAAGACGUACGACUACAAGAUCCUCUACAGCUCCAUGAACAAGCUCUUCCUCCUACCCAAGGCAGACGAGAUCCACGUCAUGCUCGUCAUCGGUCUCGACCCGCCCAUCCGCCAGGGUCAGACCCGAUACCCCUACCUCGUCCUCCAGUUCCCGCGCGAGGAGGAGAUGGACGCAGAACUCAACCUCGACGAGCAGACCAUCCAAGAAAAGUACGACGGCAAGCUCAAGAAGCGCUACGAGGAGCCCACGUUCCGCAUCGUCACCAACAUUUUCAAGGUGCUUUCGGGCCAAAAGGUGGCUACGCCUACCGACUUUGAGUCGUCGUCGGGUCAGACGAGCAUCAAGUGCAACGUCAAGGCGGCCGAUGGCAACCUGUAUCCGCUCGAAAAGUCGCUUCUGUGGGUGUCCAAGCAGCCGGUGUACGUGCCGUACUCGGAGAUCCACCAGGCCAUCCUGUCGCGCGUCGGUGGCGCCGUGGCUUCGUCCAAGACGUUCGAUCUCAGGGUGGCCACCAAGAGCGGCACCGACCACACGUUCCAGUCCAUCUCGCGCGAGGAGCUCGAUCGUCUCAAGGCCUGGCUCGCCGAUCGCAAGGUGAGGAUCAAGAACGAGAUGGCCGAAGAGACGGGUGGGCUGGCAGCGGCGGCGGCGGCUGGGUUGCUGAGCGAUGACGAUGAUGAGGAGAUGGGGGCUGCGGGAGGUGCGGAUGAGGAUGAGGAUAGUGAGGAGGAUGCUGAUUUCGCGGCUGACUCGGAUACGGAUGGAGGGUCGCCGUCGGAGGCGAGUUCGGAUGAGGAUGGGGAUGCGGGGUAUGAGGAUGAAGGGGAGGAGAGGCCGAAGAAGAAGAGGAAGGAUUGA